AUGUCGGCGCCCACCUCUGCCACGAGUGAAAUGCCAUCGCGCACAUUCACCAAUCGCUCAGGCGACGAUGAUGCCAUUCCAGGAGAAGACACCUCGGAGGUCACCAGACUCUUUGCAGAGCGGCUACAAGCCUGGAAACAUGCAGUCGGCUACCUUGAAGAUUACAUUACCGCGACCGAAAAGACCAACCAUGCACACGGCAAGGAGUAUGAGCGGGUUUUGAAGACGGUAAAAGACCCACUGAAGGAGGGCCACCACUUUGACCAGUCGCUUGGUGGUGUUGCAGGCAUGUUUGAAAACAUCCGAUCAAACACCCAGGGAAUCUCCAAUCAACACUAUGAGACAGCCAAGCAACUCAAGAGUGCCAUCCUCCCUAUCUUCGAGCGUCUACACAGCGAAAUCAAGAACAAGAGCAAGGAGCUGACAAAGGGCGCUGGCAAAGGCAGCAAGGCAGUCGACAAGGCUCGCCUGCUCACUCAGAAGCACAUCGAGCUUCUCGGACAACAUGCUGCCGCAUUUGACUCGCAUAGUGGCAGUCAGAUGAAGGCUACCGACGACCCCUACAUUCUAAAACGUGGGAUCAACCACCGUCUGUACAAGCAGGUCCAGGAAGAAAACAACAACCGACAAGACCUCAUCGCUGUGCAAAACUCAUUCGCACAGUUUGAAGCCCACAUCAUCCAGGAGAUUCAACAUGGUAUGGGCCAAUUCCUGCAAGUGGUCACCACACAGGCCGAGCACACUAAAGCGGCGUACGGAGACAUGGUUGGCACGUCUCAGCGCAUUCCUCUCGACUUUGAAUGGAACGGCUUCAUCCAGCGCAACAACAACGUUCUCAUCGACCCCUCUGCUCCUGCACGAACUCUGGCAGACAUCACCUUCCCCAAUCAACACCACAACGCGACUAAGCCUCUAAUUUCAGGCUCACUCGAAAAGAGGGGCAAGAUUAUGCGCUCCUAUGAUACAAACUACUAUGUUGUGACGCCAUCCAAGUUCCUGCACGAGUUCAAGACGGACGAUGACUUUGCCAAGGAUCCCACUCCAGAAUUAUCUCUGUAUCUUCCUGACUGUAUUGUUGGUGCAGUCAAUGGCCAGAAGUUCAACGUAAAGGGCAAAGAUGUGUCAAAGGGCAAGAUUGGUGGAGCCUUCUCCAUGACGCACGAGGUGGGAUUCAAGGCACACACGCCACAGGCUGCACAACAGUGGUGGGAGGUAAUUCGCCAGGCUGCGGGUACGGUUACUGCUGAGGCGCCUGACGCCAGCGUACCUACUAGCCCCAUUUCACCAGUCGACAAGCAACCUGCUCCCCUUCAUACACAGGGACUGGAAAAGACUGGAUCCGCUCCAGGCUCUGCUGUGCCUGCUAGCGCCACAACUCCCGCGCCUGCUGCGACAGUCAAGAAUUAG